UGUUAGUCCUUUUCUUCAUAAAUUCAAAAUGGUGGGAGAAACUUGACGUCUCUGAAUUACAAACAUUUUCAUGUGUCUUUCUUCAUAACUCCGAUCGCUAACGUAAUUACAAUCCAUACAUAUGGACAUACCAAUAUCUAGUCGAGGUUUGUGGCAUAUCCUUACAGGAAGAUCAUCAUUACAAGAACCAGAACAAAUUGAAGAGGAGUUGAAUGAAAAUCGACAGAAACUUCUUGAAGGCAUUUUGUGGUAUAAAGUACCAAGUGCAAGUUCAUUAGAGAAGUUACAAAAAGCUGUUCAAAUUAAACCAAAGCGAAAAGAACUUGUAAAGAAUCUCAGCAAGAUACUGAACCUUGAUGAAUGGCAGGCUUUGGAACUAUUUGGCAGUUACCUGGAAAAUGAAUUUAGAGGCUCCAACCARCAGUUACAAUUGAUAUGCAAAAAUGAAACACAAACAGAAAAUUUGAUAACCAAGAUUCAAGAGUAUUACUUUGAAGAACGUCUCCACAGCCUUCAAUGUCUUAAAUAUCUUUUGAGUUACUGGCAGGAUCCUCAGCAUGCCUUCAGGGAAGAAUUUGCAGAAUGUAUUGAAAAGUUGCAAGAAAAUGAUAUCUUGAUCAACAAGGUUAUUGAACAGUACAAGAUGUGCAGUACWAGCCAGGUUUCAGUUUCACAGACGUACAACAACCUUCUUGAAAGAAACAGAAACUGUCGAUUAGCCCUGCAGUAUUUAAGAGAGCAGGUGCUUUUGCUGGAGAUAAUUUUCCUGUAUUACAAAGARUAUUUACAUCCUUCAAAAUCUUUACUUCAAAUGGCAAAACUUUUUCAGUCACAAGGAUUUGGUACUAAACAARUCAACAGACAUUUACUGGAUGCCAGAGCUGAACCACUGAUUGCACAGAUAAGUUAUCUACAAGUGCUUAUCCUUAUUGAAUCACUGAACUUGGAAGGYGUAAGGAACUUCAUGGACACUGGAAACUUUAAACAGCAUCAUCUUGUCCAAGAGCCAGGUGGCGUAGAGUUGCUAGACAGAUAUUUCGUCAGCUGGGGAGACCUUCCUCAGCAUGGACCUGUCAUGUUGGCAUGGGCAGUCUUUAGAUAUGUUACCAUGGAAACAGACCAAGAACAGGAUGUCAGAAGGAUUGGAAGCAAAGCCUUGCAAUGUCAUGUCUUUGAGUUUUUUGAUGGUUUGCUCAAGUCCGAGGCAUUCUCUGGUAUAAUGCCUGUAGCUAACACCUGUAAGAGUGUUGUCUAUGGRUUACUGUUUGUAGUUCUCACCAUGUUCCAAGAGGAUACUCUUGGUGAUACUAAGUUGUUGGUAUCUGUACUGUCUCAGACACUCACAGAAAGAGGCCUCUGCAUUGACUUCUGGGAUACAAGCAUUGACACAGGUGCAGGGUUAUUACUGAAGUCAGCAUGUAACAACUUUCCACUACAGUUCUCACCCCUCCUAGAGCUUCUUAAGUCACUUGCUGGCGAAGAAAACUCUGCCGCAAAGGUGUUUGAAUACCUUGAUAAUAUGCCRUCCUACACAGAACUGCUGCGUGAGAAUAAAGUAGGAGAUGUCGACUGCACAGGAGAUGACCAAGUGUGGAAGAUAGUGAAACCAAAAGUGCUGUACAGAGGAGGUCUCAGGGAGGAUAACAUCAUCGCUAUUGUCGACUUGACAAACGAAAUACUAAAGAACAACUGGUCAAUAGCAGAGCAAUUAGAGCCCAUCAUAUCAAGAUUAUAUUUUAUCGUACAAAGAUGCGCACCUUCACCUAAUCUACCCCAGAACCUCCUUGCUUCAUGCCUGUCUUGUUUGGCCACUGUUGCUUCCCAUCAUCCAUUGCAGGUUUGGUUCAGCCUUCAACAAACAGGAUUCCUUCCUCACUGUACAUCAGCACAUUCUAUUGAUGAGAACAAAUCAACCAUUGAGUCAAUGAACAUUGCAUCUGGGAAUCUUGGUGUUAUACUCAGYACUAGAGAACAGCCGCUCGGACAAUACCCAAUCACCAUGGCAACGCUUCGUCUGUUCCUGCAGCUGAUGUGUGGUAUUGGUCAAGCUCAAGAAGAAACUGACCAACCUGUCAAUUUCCUGGAUUUGGCUGCUUGUCUGGUGUUUGUGCUCAGGGAGACAUUUACUGGCUUCUACAAGUGGAAGUUCACGGCUGCAAAAGAUCGAGAGGAAAUUGGUCAGAGGAGUUUGGAGAUCUUUAACGCAGUUUUGGGACUUCAACUAAAGAAUCCACAGCAAAAAAAAGAUGAAGGGAUGGACUUGGAUAUAUCUGAAGCCAGACAACAGAUAAGGUCGGCAUUAGUCCUUCAAGAUGUUCUUGCAUUUAGUUUACUAAACACAGCAGCAGGACAGUCGUUACUUUACAUCCUGGGUACGGGUGUGGAUACUGUAGAUAGACUCAUCUCUGUUGGAGGGGCUACUGGUAGUCAUGCUUUAGCUGUUGUUCAGUUAAUCAAACUCGCUUUCUCUGUUCUUAACAAACUGCUGGCYACAAAACACAAGGAUGAAGAGAUAUCUCCCUUGGAGCAAGCCCUAUCUACCCAAGUAAUCCAUCAGUUUAAAGAUUCUUCUAGUGUGUACAGUGCAAGCUCAUCUCAAAGCCAUCUGGUCACAGUCAUCGCAUCUUAUAUCCAUCACMGAGCUGAUUGUAGACUUCCAACACUUGCCACAUUAUUAUUGAAAAGAUUAUGUAUGGUGGCACCGAUGUCAAUGUAUGCAAGCUUUGGUUCAGAUGCUGUAGCUCUUCGAGAUGUUUUUGUUUCAAGGCUGCGCUCUCUCACAGAGGACGUCAAACUUAAGAUAGCAAUCCUGGAGUUCAUAGCAACUGCAGUAGAAACACAACCUGGAUUGAUCGAACUCUUCCUGGAUCUGAAAGAAAAAGACAAAAAUAGCCAGGAGUUUACUCUGGGUGAUCGUAGCUGUCUGCAUGCUGUGUUAAGUAUGGUGGAUCCUACUAAACAAGUAGGUGGAUUGGUCAUCAGUCCACAUCUGCAAACCUGUUCGUACGCAUUUCAAAUCUUAGCAUUAGAGACCUAUUACGUGUCAAGUGGGCAGUUAGACUCUAGCAUGAAAACAUCCCUCAAGACCUUUGCUUCCAGGCAACGUUACCAGUACUGGUCCAGUUUAUUAAGAUCAGACCGUUUCCAAGAAGAACAGAGCAUYCCCUCAUCUCGUUCCGUGAGUCCUCUCUUCUUCAARUCCAGCGAGAAYGAGUACCUACGGUUGCUAAGGUCAUGGAGAUCAUUCCUCGUCAUGGCGUCAACAAUCGAGCAGACUGAUAUUUAUGGACUGCGGGAUCCAAAGACACGAAACGAGAUCCUUAAAGACACUUUGGAAGCACUCCAAAUCAAAGUAUCUCGUCCAGUGACGCUAGACGUACUAGCUGCCGCCCAYGAGCUGAGCUCUUUAUACCUGAUGCUCUUCAAUAAAUGGAAAAGCUCUGUCAAGACUGUUAGUUCGACGUUUAACACGCUAGUGGAGAUCUUGGAGUCUGCCAAUAAUAAUGAUGGGCAGCUGUUGGACCAUAUCAGAAUCCCUGUGUUUUCUUCGAUAUCUAUUGGUACGCUUGAUCGUGGGUAUGCCAUGGCUCUACUACCCUUAGCSUGUGAACCACUAGAAUACCUGAAUGGACGACUUGGAAAGGAAGAUAAGCAACAUGACAAGGUUCUGGAACUCUCUGUAUUCAUCAUCGAUGAAAUCUUGAACAUCCUGCUAUCUAAUCCUGGUCAGUGGCUUCCUGUCCUUAGAGAGCAUGCGCUGUUCGCAUCUUUGGUUCAAGCCCUCGAUAUCUGUGUCAAGACCAGAGAAAAGUUAGAAUUUUCUGAGGCCGUCUUGCAUCUGUUUCUAUCGCUGUCCAGGAUUCCUGUGAGUGCAGAAGCCCUGGCCUUAAAUAACUUGUCCCAGACUCUGUGUUUAGGAGUGGCUUCGUUGUUUAAUACCGUGGAAGCUGAAAACAAGUCAGAGGGUUCCCAUCAACGGCUAACAACAUCCAUUCAGGUCGGUGAAUCCAAUGUAUCCAUCUCAUCUCGUAAUGACUGGAAUAAGGUUUGGCACCUCAGUUUAUCAGUGAUGGCAUCCAUGUUACGCACCUUACGACAUGGAUUCCUAAAAGAAGCRUUAGACUUUGCCGGGGUUCAUCGAGAGAGACUGGCACGAGCCAUGGAUAUGAUCCGUGGGUCCCAGUCCACCGAGGCGCUACAGGAGGCCGAAGACGUGACAGUGUUUCUGUUUGAACUGGGUCAUUUUGCCAAGGAAUGGAGAUUUGGUCUUUUAGAUGUGCUAGAACUUUUACUGGCUCGUGUUGGAGUGCUAUGCCAGACUUGUAUCGCUUUACUGACUCAUCCCAGACUUCUGGCACAUCUCUUGGAGGGGAUGGACAUAGAAGAUAACCUACCAAUAGCAACUCUAGGAUUCAGCUCGCCUGCCAUCGACCGYGAGGAACCUCUUUCGUUUGGUACUCUCUUGGCAUGUUUAAAUAUGUGCCUUACCAACCUCAGUCCGGGUGAUGUGCGGUCUCCUGUCAAAUCCCCUGUCAAGACUCUAUCAGAAACCCUUCCCAAAUUUCUCUUAAUGUUUGCUAUGGAGAAUGCAUUGGUCUUGGCAUUGUCACAGGCGUCCCGUUAUCUUCGGGAUCCAUCAGUUGACCCGCGGGUCAAGCAGCUUCUAAAGAGAGAGCUUGGAAGCGAACUGGGUCAUUUCCUGGGUGGCCUAAACCGCCAUUUUGUAAGGCGUGGUCUCCCUCCUUCACCAUUAAGCGACCGAGCCAGCCCGAGUACAUCAAGUAAGAAGACACCAACAAAGCACCCUGCAUUCAGCGAAGUACCAGAACAAAAGUUAUUCAAACUAGCAGACUUGUAUGUUAAAAAACUACUGCGGUAAACGAAAAAAAAUAGAUAUCAUAUAUAAGUUGACUGUCAGCACACGGUGUGAUGCACGCUUCCUACAUGAGAUAGACGACUAGGUCAUAAAGGCUGUUGUGAACAAGGAAUACUCGAUGGUGAAUUCUCCAAUACCUGAACAACUAUCUUUUCCGAGGUUGUAAAAAAGACUUGGUCAAGUUGUCAUUGCGUUGCAUUGUGGGACUACUUUAGGGAAAAUUUUUCGAUGAUGUAGUUUAUUUGGCGCUCUGAAAUACUCCCACAAUGCACUGCAGUGUCCACUCGACCCAUUUCCCUCUCCACCUCAGAAUAGCUGAUAUAGAUUUGUUUUUUAUGUUGAAGAGCCUGCACUCUUUGUUCUACAACGAAGGAAUUUCAACCAAUUCAGUUUAUUUUCUUAUUGGCUACUUUAGAAUUCCCAAUAAGAUAUUAUUAUAAAUAUAUCUAAGACUCUGUUGAAUGAACCAAAACAACUUGCUUUACAUAAAUAAAACUUUCUAUAAAUCAAUCAUUUUCUCAUCAA